AUGCCUCUGAUUCCAACCGAAGAUCUUGCCAUGAUUGGCCUGGGAUCGAUGUGUUUCCUGGGCCUCGCGUGGAUAUACGUCGCCGAUCGUUUAGCACUGCAGAGAGAGCAGCUACUGAAAGGCAUCUCUGUCCCGGUGGAGAGUCUGGGAGACAGGGAGCUUUGGGCUUUGGGCAACAGGAUCGAUCAGGAGAACUGGUGGAGGAUGAAAUACGCGGCUACUCGUGUGGGUCAACAGCAACAGAAGAAAACAUCUUCACCAACAAACCAAAAGGCGGUCCGAAUAUCCGAAAAAACUGAUGACCCCUUCCGACAAGACGUGACUGAAAAAAUAGGGCCUUUGCACGAAAAUGGUGCCACAUCACAGUUCCAGAUCCUGGGAUUCCAAUGUCCUCGAGGAGGGCACGGUCACAGUCAUCAUGAUCCUAUGCCGCUAGAUCAGAUUAUUGCUAACAUCCACAUCCGAGACAAUAGUGCCAUCAGACGACGAUAUCUCCUCUCCUCCCAAAACUGCAUACUUCUAGGCGUCCUGGAGAGAGAGGGGUUGGGCUCCUGGUCCGUUGAAGAGGCGGAUAAUCGCAAUAUGAUAUGA